AUGAGACCAAAUAUUUGGUUGCAGAUUCCAGUGGCCGAAGUUCGUUCCGACGGACGAGAAAAUUUGAUUGGCGCGCUGAUUGUUGCCGGUCAUUUGGAUAUUCCUGAAGUCUGCGUCUACUUUAACAAUAAAUUGUUGAGAGGAAAUCGGACAACAAAAUUGGAUAAUUGGGGACUUGAUGCAUUCAUUUCGCCGAAUAACAGCCCACUGGCUGUGAUGGACAUAUCAAUAGGCGGUAGGGUUAUUUUUUGGGAAAUUUGGUCCUGGAAGACUUUUUUGCUUGUAAUUUGGGAAAUAAUCGACCAAAAUUAUGUUUUUCGAAAACUUUUGGUCAGCUACGCCUCUGAUUAUGUAUCAUGACCAAAAAGUUGGUACUUCCCAUGUCAACUAGUUAUCAGCAAAAAACCUUAGUGAUCCGGCUGACAAUGAGCGUUUUAUAUAGCAACUUCAAACUCUAAAUAACAAAAAAUGCUUUCAGUAAAUUGGGAGAAUAUUUUCCGAUCCAAUCAAAUUGCCCCAUUCAAUGUUUGUGACCAAUUAUGCCGAAAUGUCGGGAUCCUGCGGAUAUUUCCGUCGAUUCCCAUCGAAUCCGUCCGAGCGGUGUUCCGCCCACCCACCCAAGGAGUUGUCAUUCAAGCCUAUGGAAGUGGGAACAUCCCAUUGCGGCGGCUGGACAUUAUCGAAGAGAUUACGAACGCGGUGAAUCGGGGAUGUUUGGUGUUGAAUGUGUCGCAAUGCCUGAAGGGGAAAGUGAACACAAGUUAUGCAACAGGAGCGGUAGGUGGUGUUGUUGAAAAGAAACUAUGGUGUUGCAAAAGUUACUGUUGUUUUGCAACAGGUUUUUUUAUUUUUUUUUAAUAUUGCUCAAAGACCGAUGCUUUUAUUUUGAAAAAUUUUGCGCAUGUAUUCUCUCUAACUCACAUCAAUUCUGUAAAAUUUUAUGUCUUGCUUUGCGGAGGCAGCAGAGACUUAACGAUCUUUCCCCCGAGAAUACGCUACACGGGAAAUACCCCUAGUGCGACGCUCAGAUUUUCUUUAAAUUUUGCACACUUGUCGGGCAUGGACUAAAUAUCAAUUCCUGAAAGUUUUAGCUCGCGUUUUGCAAGCGCCGCCGGGAUAGUGAACGACAUUUGCCGCCGAGAGAGUACGCCAAACGCGGAGAGCGGUCAGAUGAAAAACACUUUUUAGCCAUAACUUUGCUUGGUGCAGAAAAAAUUGAUUUUUUGUGGAAACAUUACCCUCUAUGGCAGAAAUAGGCAUAAAAACUUUUUGUGCCGAGAUUCAGCACAAAGUGUCAAAAUUACACCAACUUUCAAUCUAAAGAUCUCUGGUGUUUUUGCAUAGCGCGAGCUAGGAUUCUCGCAUAUAUUUUAGAUAAAAUUAUUCUAAAUUUGUACCACGUUUCAUCAAAAUCUGAGCGUCGCGCUUGGGGUACUUCCCCUGCAAAUGCAGAGAGAGGCCGGAGAAGAAAUGUUUUUUCCGCAAUACCUUGUCGGAUUUCAUGUGGAAAUUUUCAAACCAAAAAGGUCCUGAUAAACCUGAAAAUUCGCAAAAAUCGUUUUUUUCCCUUAAUGUUAUCACAAAAACAGCUGAAUAAAAAUUUGUAGAUACAGGGCAAUUUCGACACGUUGUUAUUUGACUUUCAAUGCUCCGUUUUCAGGUCCUGACCAAGGCUGGUGUUAUCUCCGGUUCCGAUAUGACAACUGAGGCGGCAUUGACCAAAUUGGCGUAUGUUCUCGGAUGCGAGUCAUCCAUGGAAGAGAAGAAAUUGAUGCUCAUGCAGAAUCUACGCGGAGAGUUGACUAUUCAACAGCCCACAGCGCUGAAUGAGCUGGAUAUUAGUAAGUUCCAUUGGAAAAGAAUGACCGCUACUCAUUUCGGGAAAAUUUUCUGUCAGAAAAAUUGAAUGCUUUGUUUGGAAUUAACCAAAUAGGUGGCCAAGAGCGUGAUUGGGCUGAAAGGUUGAGCCUGAACUCUACUCCUUUUCUAAACUUUCCCCCAAUCUGAACUCUACCCUUUUUCAACUCUACCCUAAAAAAGGCUGAACUCUACCCCUUUUUUGAUUUUCGCCAAAAAAUCUGAACUCUCCCCCUUUUUGAACACUCCCCCAUUUUGAAAAUUGAAAAAACGAGGUGUGACAUGUUAUACUAUGGAAAUUUUUUUCAAAUUGAAAAAAAACGAGGUGUGACAUGUUAUACGAUGAAUUUUUUUUUCAAAUUGAAGGUGUGACAUCUUAUUUUUUUCAAUUUGAAAAAAAUUUUCAUCGUAUAAGAUGUCACACCUUAUUCUUUUCAAUUUGAAAAAAAUUUCCAUCGUAUAAGAUGUCACACUUUAUUCUUUUCAAUUUGAAAAAAAUUUUCAUCGUAUAAGACGUCACACCUAAUUUUUGUCAAUUUGAAAAAAAUUUUCAUCGUAUAAGAUGUCACACCUCAUUUUUUCAAUUUUCAAAAUGAGGGGGAGUGUUCAAAAAGGGGGAGGGUUCAUUCAAGGGGUAGAGUUGAAAAAGGGGUAGAGUUCUGAAGGGGUAAAGUUCAAAAAGGGGUAGAGUUGAAAAAGGGGUAGAGUUCUGAAGGGGUAAAGUUCAAAAAGAGGUAGAGUUGAAAAAGGGGUAGAGUUCUGCCGCAACGGGGCUGAAAAUCUCAAAAACAGGGUCCGUCAUUGAAGAAAAUUCUAACGAAUUCUAUUUCCAGUUCCCCGACUUGCCAAAUAUCUUCAACUGACCUCAUCGCACGAACAAAACAUCCUGAAAGAAGCCUUAUUAACACCCUUGGUAUCGCAUGCCGCGCACACAAACGACACCCGACUAUUGGAGUCGCUGAGACUGAGCGGAGCCAACUUUGCGAACACCGAUUACAAUCGAAGGAAUGCUCUGCAUGUUGCUGCAGCCAGCGCGAAUUUGGAGAGCGUCCAAUAUCUUUUGCAACAUGGAGUGUCGGUGCAUGUUCGGUAAGAGUCUUCCACGUCUGUCAUCCCUGUAUUUUUCAGCGACGCCAAUCACGAAAACGCGCUUCAAGCGGCAAUUCAGACCAAGAAUUUGGAGGUUAUCAAAGCACUGCGGGCGGCGGGAGCUCAUUUGUCCGCUCAUAGUGUGCGUGUUGGAACGGAGCUUUGCUUGACCGCCAGUCAAGAGGACAUUGACGGUUUGAGGGCUUGGCUAGCCGCUGGCGCCUCACCGAAUGAAGUUGAUUAUGACGGACGGACCGCUUUGCAUGUGGUAGGUGGAGGCUUUGACUAUGUUUUUUGCAGUGGUCCGGGAAGAUUUAUUUCGCUGAUUAAAAAUUUGUGGGCCACAAAAAAGAGCCCUGUAGCUAUAAGAAUGUAAUUCUAGAAAAUUUUGAUCCAUUAUUUCUCAAAUUAUUAGCGAAAUAAACCUUCCAGGUCCAAUUGGCCCUUUCUUACAGGGGAAGUACUCCAAGCGAGACGCUCAGAUUUUGAUGGCACAAAUUUAGAAUAAUUUUUUCUGAGAUAUAUGCGAGAAUCCUAGCUCGCGCUUUGCAGAAACAACCGAGAUUUUUAGAUCGAAAGUCGGCGAAAAUUUAGGACUUUUUGCCGAAUUUCGGCACGAAAAGUUUCAUGCCUAUUUCAACCGUAAAAGAUAAUGUUUCUACAAAAAAUCAAAUUUUUCCGCGCGAAACUGCCAAAGUUAUGGCCGAAAAGCGCUUUUCUCUCUGACCGCUCUCCACGUUUAGCGUGCUCUCUCGGCGGCAAAAAUCGUUCGAUAUCUCAGCGGCGCCCGCAAAGCGCAAGCUAAAACUUUCAGGAAUUGAUAUUUAGUCCAUACCCGACGUGUGUGCAAAAUUUAAAGAAAAUCUGAGCGUCGCACUUGGAGUACUUCCCCUGUUAAUUUGAAGACAAGUUGAAAUAAAAUUAAUGUUAAUAAAAUUGAUUUUAAGGCAGUUCAUCGGAACUUGGAGAAAGUAGUCGUGUUCCUCUGUGAGAACGGCGCCGAUCCCACGGUAUUCGACAACCAAGGACGCCGGCCAAUCGACGAGGCUCAAAAUAUUGCUGUCAAGGAGCUGCUCAACGAAACAGCCACUCGAAUCCACUCAAACGGAGCAAAUCCAUGUUGUUAA